CCUUCUCUGUUAAGGUCAAAAGACUCUGCGGAAGUAUCCCGUGAUGGUGUUCAUUCAUGGAGAGAGCUUUGAAUGGAACAGCGGCAACCCUUACGACGGCACUAUAUUGGCAGCUUAUGGCAACGUCGUCUUUGUCACUAUCAACUUUCGUCUGGGCAUCCUUGGUUUCUUGAGGCCCGGGAUCAGGGACGACACGGCGAGCAAUUUCGGUCUUCUGGAUCAAAUUGCGGCGCUGCUUUGGCUACGAGAGAACAUCGCCGAGUUCGGCGGCGAUCCGAACAGUAUUACCCUGGUCGGCCACGGUACCGGUGCAAUUUUUGCUAACCUGCUGCUUAUCAGCCCUGUGGCUAAUAAGAAAGGUAACGGUUAUUGCCGCGUCGCGUGUUUGCGACUUUUGCGAAUAUUAAGAGAACACUUUCGUGGUGGAGAACACGUAACUUCCAUUUUCGUGAAAUCGAUAAGAGCCCCGUGUUUAAACUUCGAUUUUAGAAGCUCGAAGUUUAAGCAUCGCUUUUACUCGAGUCGAUAGAGUUCGAGAUAAAUUCGAGACAAAAUUUAUUUAAACGCGAUUUUACUCGAAUGUAAUUUUCUCGAGAUAAAAC